AUGGGCGAGAGGAAAACAACUCAAUUUCCUUCUCCUAUGCCGGAGAAGUUUAUUAAGUUACUUGAAGGUUUUCGUGUGUCCAAAGUACUAUUUGCAGCGUGUGAAUUGAGUAUCUUCGACAAACUGCGCUCCGCAUCCGUACCACAAUCGGCCAGCGAAAUAACGCAGACGUUGUCCUCCAAUCUCGACGCCACUACACGUCUCAUGGACACCCUUGUGGCAAUGGAAUUGCUAGAAAAAUCUAAACAGGGUGACCGAUGGUUGUACAAUAAUUCUGAAAUGGCCACUAAAUUUCUCACCACAGAGAGUCCAGAUUCCGCACUAGGGCUCAUAAAUUUAGAGAAUAAUAUAUCGUACCACUUCUACGGAAAUCUAGAAAGUGCAGUGAAGGAAGGAGAAACACAGUGGGAGAGAAUAUAUGGGAAAUCAUCCGAAGAGGUUUUCAAAGAGCACUACAGCACCGAAGACGACACUUUACGGUUCAUGAGUGCCAUGCAUUGUAACUCACUAUAUGGAAGUUAUGCUGUUGCGAAAGCCAUGGAUUUGAGCGAAUAUAGCAGCUGCUGCGAUUUAGGAGGUAGGUGAAAUUUGUUAUUUCUCGAUUUAAGUUGAGUGAGAGUUUUCUCGAGCUGAAUAUGACGUGUCUCCGUAGACAGGGGUCCAUGGUCCUGAAGUACGGUGGCCCAUAAAGGACAGCACUUUCAAUAAUAAUUUUCACGAACAUUGUAAAAGAAAAGCGCUAAAAAUUGAAUAUUACACUGCCACAAAGCAGUGUAAACCUGCACACUUCACUCGAAUUUAACUCGCUAUGCAAAAAAACACAUCUCCACACUGCAAAUAACAUAAAUUACCGCACUGGAAACAAACUAUAUCGGCGCACGCUGCAAACAAAAUAGAUAUCCGCAUUGCAACUAAGAAACUUUUGUUUUUACCCACUCCAACCAAAAAAAUGAACAAUGCAAACAAAGCAAAAUUGCAAAAGGAUUUGCCUGUGAGGAGUACAUAGAACAAAUAUCAACGGAUGAAAAAAUGUGUCAUAAAAACUACGCAUCGGAAAAACCACCCCGCUGGCUCUCUUCCUCCCACGAAAAACCCGUAGGACAAGGUUGAAUUUUUUCAGCAGGUGUAGUGACUUUAGAGGUAGUAUUUAAAACGCGGUGUCAAGAAGGGAGUUACACUCGCUUGUGCACCAAACCUUCAAAACACUAAAGAAAAACAUAGAUUCAUUUUUCAAGAUUUUACGAAAUCGCAUUUCAUAGUUUAUGAGCGAUUUCAGUCCUGAGUCUGUGUAUCUGCGUAGCUCGCGGGAUCAGAGUGCCAGCUCGAGAAUUUUGCUCCAUUUUUCUCACGGCUUAAAUUCAUCGCCGCGGCGCUCUGUCAAUGGCUGCCCGUUACCCUUCCCAUGGUCCCUUGCGCUUCGUCACCAGUCACUCGCGUUUCGCGCUCGCCUCUAUGCGAAACCUUGAUGCGAAACCAUGUGAAAAGCGAAGUGCCUGAGGAGGAGGCUGGGUCUAUGGUUAAAAGUAUCCCGCGCAAUAAAUCCCGCCAGCUACGCGGGCUAGGGCCAUAUUUUCUCUAGCUAUUUGUCAUCCUGAUGUUGUCAGAUUUUAUUCCACAAACUUUUAGACAAAGACACUUUGUAACAGUUUCAUCAUAUUUGCUGACCUCAAGGUCUGGACGCCGCCGUUGCCGUUUUUGAUCUGCGAAAUGAAUUAAAGCUUAAUUUUCCAAUUAUUUUGUCAAUGUAACUAGGGGCUGUGGGCACUCUUGCCUAUGCUUUGUGUCAGUUUAACCCUAAAAUGAAGAUAACAGUUUGUGACUUGGAGCCAGCCGUGAGUUUAGCCCAUCACUUCCGACCAUCAGUUGAAGCUUGCCCAAAUCAAGCCAACGUUUCCUUUGCCGUCGGCGAUUUCUUCAAACCUGAAACCCUACCAAAGGCUGAAUUGUAUGUGUUGUCUCACGUUCUCCACGACUGGUCAGAGGACAAAGUUGACUUGAUCCUUUCAAAUGUCUACAAGUGCUUACCCUCAGGUAAUUUUUAAUGAAAUACCAAUACAGUCUUAUUGCACGUACAAUCAGAGACUGGAACUCUAGUUGCCAAAUAGAGUCAUUGAAGAGUAGCCAGUAAAAGCUUUCAAAAUGGCUGUCAUGUGCCAUGUUUAAAAAACGCUGACCCCGAAAUAUUUUGUUAUUAUUAGUUUUUUUAUACACUCGCACCUUGUCUCAUAUCUUACUUCUAGCACAUUCAUAUUUUUGCACAUCUGCUGUUAUACCUUUUGCAGAUCACACAAUUAGAAUUAGAAUAAGAAUUAGAAAUCAAGUUCACAGGUGAAAAAUACGUAAGAACCUUUACGUUCGUAGGUUAUGGAGUGUGGGCAAAUUCUUCGCGAUAAUUAUUCAUACCCUUGGACUCCCGGGAUUGACACCAGGGCCGAGUUGUUCAAAGCUGGGUUAAGAUAACUCAUGGUCAGUGCGAGAUUUGAAUUCAGAUUUGAAAGCUUAAAAAGCAUUUCACUUUUAAUUCUUUUUGUCUACAAGUUGAUAAUUGGAAGCUCUACAAUUAACAGAGAAAAUUAUCCGAGAAAAUGCUUUUGAACACAAGAAAAAGAAACCCGAGUUAAGUGCUAAUCGGCCUUCCAACAACUACGCCCAGUUUCUCUGCUAGAAUUCUUAAGCUGACCGUUUGAUUAACAAAAGGCAUUUCAAUUUCUGUCGCUCGAACGGUUUAGAGUCCGUUUCAGUACUUAAUGGUAUGUUCCCUUAUUGUUUGAACAAUCUUUCCCUCUUACCACGAAAAGGCAGGGGCAAAAUCGCCAGUUUUUAUAGUAUCUUCUCCUUUUAGGUGGAGGACUUCUCAUUUGUGAACAGAUUUUAAACGAAGAUAAAAGCGGCCCAUUGCCCGCCCUUCUUAAUUGUCUUCUUAUGUUGGUGGAAACAGGAGGAAAAGAAAGAUCAGCUUCAGAAUACAAGCUUCUCCUGGAAAAGCAUGGAUUUGUAGAUGUUCAAGCGAAAAAAGUUUAUUUCUCUAAAGAUGCCAUUUUAUGCAAAAAGUUGUAAGAUACAUCAAAUGAAAUUUUUGUCUGUGUUGCUAUAAGAGCCCCGCACAAUCUCGUACCCAGUGUCCUCAGGCUCCUUGGUUAGAAGAUGGCUGUUUUCCCUUGGGACUAGGCUUUGACCGGAUUUUGCUUGCAAAAGUAGCAUAAUAUGCUGCUUGCAGUGUUCGUAUAUUUCUGAAUUUACGCCAAUAAUUAUGCUAGUUUUGGGAAAUCAUGCUUAGUUUAGCAAAAAAUUCAUAAAUUAUUAUAAUUUAUGCUCCUACUUUUUACUUUAAUUUGGCAAAAACACCUUUAUAAGUAUGCAACCAACAAGUAAAUGGCAAACACUAUUUAUCAGUAGAAAUUUAAUUUGAGUUCUGGGUCAUGUCGUGUGGGUGCCAGGUUCCAUGAAUGAGACAAUAAGUAGACAAAAAUUGAUUGAUUUUGUCACUUAAAUUUACCUUUUACACUGAUCACAGGGCCAGAAAAAAUGGUUGCAUCAUCAAUAAUUGACAAUUUCGUGCUUCUAAACUAGCCACUGAAAAGUUCAAAUUGUGCUAGCAGUGCUUUUUUCCGAAAAUAGAUGAAAGAAUGAAUUAUGCCAAAAAUUAUGCUAGCACAAUAAUGUAUCAACGCCUUUUAGGGACCAACCGCUGACCUUGCCUAUUCCCUGUACGGAGUCUUCCCAACCGCUGACCGACAAGCCAAAGAUCCUGGGUAAGGGAUUAAUAAACGCAUUGCCUCCAGGUAAUGGAGCAUGGCUAAAAUUGUGUUUGGUAAUACUGUAGGCCGAGUUGACUUGAAUGUUAUGUAACUGUUUCAAGGUAUAAAAUUGUCAUUAGAAUUUGCAACAUACUUUGACCAGAUAGUCCUGUUUGUUAAAAAGUGCGCCUUUUAUACAGUCGCGUGGCAUUUGAUAAGAUAAUAAAACAUGUUCUUAUGCUGUGAUGUGACUCGCACGUUACAGCUGGGUAUGGCUACAUACAAACUAACGCCAGACGUAAUUUGUAACAUCUGGCGCUGAAAUGUUUACUGUCUUUACUCGGUUGAAGUAGGAUGAAGGUUAACAUUACCUGUUCAUUGUGACGGUAAGAUUUAUUCCACUUUUCCUAAAAGCAGUAUCCAAUCUUUUGUCUUUAUACAAUGCAGGAAGUUACCUCGUUCAUUUCUUGCUCGCCUCCCUUUGCCGUCUAACCGUCGUUUUUCCAGCGCUUUUCUCUCUCCCCAGGUCGCGACUCAAAUAGUCAUCUCAUCUGGGGCCAGUUGUUUAAAAGGUGGAUAUGGGCCACUGGAUAAAUCUCUAUCCAGCGGAUAACGCAAUUGUUUUCCCUGAUACUAAUCCGCUGGAUAGUGAUUUACCCGGAAGGUGGAUAGCGCUAGACAUUGGAACAAAAAAAGCUUUAAAUAAUGGUUCAGUUUUAUUUAAAAUUGCUCCACCACUGUAUACGUCAGAUAUCUUCAGAUAUAGGUGUGUCUCGUUGGCUUUCAAUGGCUAGGAUGAAAAUGGGUUUCACUUUAAGAAAAUUGGACUACCUUCUUUAAGUUACAAGCCUUCCAACCGUCUGCCUCCUCCACGGACUUUCCUAAGGCUUAGUAACGAGCAAGGGACAAACGAGAAGCGCGAGAGGUAGCCUCCCACGACCCUAAGAACGUCCGCGUGGAGGCUACGUAAGAGGGGGAUGAUGGAGCAAGCGCAGAGCGCGAGCAGGGAGAGAUGUGUUGGAGUGCUUUCCUUCAUAAUUGGAGAGAUUAAGAUUCACGUUUACGCCUAAUGGGAAACGUGAAUUUGUACCACGUGACAAAGUUUUCCCCUUAAUUGUCGUUUACUGUUUAUUACUUCUACACAGAAGUAAUAAUGUCCUGAACAGUUUUUAUCUGCUUAUUUUCUAUUCUGAGAAACUCUCAACUUGAAUCUGACGUUUGCCGUGACUCUUAAUCUCUCUACUAACUCAAAUAUCCCCCAAAAAGUGAUCGCGAGCGACUGGAGCAGAGGCAGUGCCUUCGUUGUCCAAAAUGACCAAAGACCACCUCUUUUCUCCCCUUUGAUAGAAUCUUUUUUUAUAGUUCCAAGUAUCACAAAAUAUGACUGAGUAUACUCAGUUGUAGUCUCAGCUCAGCUGAAAUUUUAGGACUUCCGCUGAUUUCUGAUUUUCUACAACGUUUCUAAUACUGUUCACUUGCUCUUGCCGAAGUGUCAAUGACUGAAAAUUUAGCUGAUUCAAAGCUUUGAAAAGACAACCC